CAUGACGCUCCCAUGACUCUGCCUUUGUCCAUCUCUGAGAAAGUUCCGUAAUCUGAGCUUUAGUCUGUGAACGGGGCGUCUCUGUUUUUACAGAAAGAUUCAGAAGAAACGAGAAAAAAGAGAAGUGAGGAGCGGGACAGAGACAGAGGGACAGAGACAGAGACAGAGGGACAGAGACAGAGGGACAGAGACAGAGACAGAGGGACAGAGACAGAGGGACAGGGACAGAGGCAGAGCGUGGACCCGGGACAGACUGAGACAGACCGUGUGUUUCUGUCUCGUUGGACACAUUUGGACACAUUUCUGAGGAUGAACAUGUUCAGGAGAGAGCGACCCCCGACACAACCACCUGUCCCCCCACGACCCACCCCACAGGAGCUGGAGAACCCGGUCACACACAGUUUAAACAAACAGGACUCAGAGAACACACACACACAGAGGACUGGAGUCAUGUCAGUGAUGCACAGAGUGAACCCCUUCAGGUCGUCUCCAGCUCAGGACGCCGCUUCAGUCGUGGCGUCGUCGUCUUCAGAUUCUCUGGACGAGGCCGGCGUCGCGUUUCAGAAUCCUGGAGUUUUUCGAGGAGCAAAGAACAAAAUAAAUCCAUUUAAAUCAAAGUCUGUGAGCGACGCUGAAGCUGCAGGACGUGAGGACGUGACUCCAGCUCUGAGACAGGGUCCCGGCCUCAUGUCUGGGCUGAUGUCCCGGGUCAGUCCCUUCAGGUCGUCUCAGAUUUCUGUAAAUAACCAAAAGCCAGAGCCCCCCCCACGCCCCAACCAGCAAGCACCAAAGACCGAGUCAGCAGAGCCCCCUGACCCCGCCCCCCAGGCCCCUGACCCCGCCCCCCAAACCAAACAGAAUCCAGGAGUGAUUUCAGGAAUGAUCCACAAAGUGAACCCCUUUAAGUCCAAGGAGCCAAAGCUCCACAGAGACGUGUCCAACAGCGACGGGAGUUUGACCGACAACAACAACGUCCAGGACAAACAAAUUUUCCCUGAUGAAAACCCGACUCCAGAGCCUCCACCUCGACCCCAACAGGGCGUGUUCCGGGGGAUGAUGCAGAAGGUGAAUCCGUUUAAAUCGUCUCAGCAGGUUGGUGACUGUGAACCCGACGGACGCCCAAAGCGACAGUCAGACACAGAGACGGUCCCAGGUCUGGAGAGCUCCUCCUCUUCGAGCUCUGAGAGUUUAAACGACGAGACGAUACAGCGACAUUCCAUUUGGUACACGGACACGGUCGGCACCGAGGUCCAGAGCAAACCAAAGGAGCCAAAAAAGAAGCGGACUAAGACUUUCCGGCUGAAGAAGAUCCUGCCCACGGGCUUGUUUGGCUCAGGGACACAGAACGCUGAUGCAGCAGAAGCACCGGCUCAGACAGAGGAGACGGUGCAGAUUCAGCCGCUGGAGUUUGCAGAUGUCAGCAGUGACGGAGCAGGUCUAGACCCUCUGGAUGAUGAAGACGGGCUCCUGUCCUGGUGGAACACAGUUGAGGGUUGGCACGAGUGGAACGAGUCAAACCAAGACGCAGAAGCUGAAGAUGUGGUGGAAGAAGCGGCCGAUCGUGUCUUCAUGGCCGCUCGCCUGUUCGUGCGCCUGUUUAACAAACGCGGAGGUUCUCUGCAGCAGAAGAUCCUGGAGCUGCUCGCUAUGGCCGACGCUGCAGACAGUUUCCAUAAGAAGACUGUGACGGCGAGCGUGGGAGGGGGCGUGGCCAGUGUGGCGGGUUCGAUCACCACCAUCACCGGGCUCAUCCUGGCCCCGUUCACCGCUGGGACGUCCCUCAUCGUGACCGCUGUGGGGAUCGGGGUGGCCACGGCGGGCGGACUCACUUCGGCUUCGGCCAAUAUCACUGACACGGUCCACUCCAAAACUGACCGUAAGAAGGUGGAGAAGAUGAUCCAGGACUAUCAGGACGAGAUCAAGGACAUCAAGGACUGCCUGGACUUUCUGCAGGAGGGAAUGGAGACCCUGGAGGAGUGGAAUUUCGAACAAUACGCCGAAGCCAUUGCCAAGAAGCACCUGAACCAAAACGUGAAGCAUGUGGUGAAGGAGGGCGGGCGUGCGGGCAAAGCUCUGGUCAUCAACACGGAGAGCCUCAUCAACACUGUGCAGGUUCUGAGCGUAGCAGGAGGAGCCGCUAAAGCUGCCCAGGUCAUGAGCGUCACCACGGGGGUCAUGUCCGGGCUCUUCCUGGCUCUGGACGUCUUCUUCCUGGCCAAAGACUCCAUCGAGCUGAAGCAAGGAGCCAAGACGGACUUCGCCGCCAAGAUCCGAGAAGUGUGCAAAGACCUCCAAAAUGGACUGCUGGAGCUCAACCGAAUCAAAGAAGACUUACAGAAAACAAUGGAUGGGAUUGAGGUGGAGGUAGAGGAGGAAGAGGAUGAAGAAGUCUUAAAAUCAGAUCUGAAAAAACUGAUCGAACUUGAAGAAUGAAACAAGAUUACAACUCCAUUUUUUUAGCAAACACUGAAGGAACUUAGCAUUGAGAUAUUUGGUUACUGAGUUUGUACUAGCUGUUUUAAAGUAUUUAAGAAGGCAUUUUAUUUAGUAAUACUAUUUAAAGGUAAUUAAUUAUAGAAUGUGUCUACAAUAAAGUUAUUUCUUCAAAUGUUG